UCCAGCCAACCUGCCUCGAAAAAAGCACGAAUGACCACUGACGCAGGACAUCUGCUCAAACAGCUUCAAAAACAUGGCGACGAAAAUAAUUUAAAUGUUCAAACCAAGAAGGAAGAAAACAUGAUGAACAUACCCGUUGAAGGAAAUCAGCAUGGUCAUCAUCCAAUGCAUAUGAUGCAAGAGCCCCUGAAUCUUGGUCGAAAUGAAGCCCCGGCCCCGAGUUCUUUCUACCAGGAUUGGCGCACGCUCGGGCCGACGUCGCACUACCGCUAUCCUACGCCCUACGACAUUACCCCCUGCCCCCGAUACCAUGCUCCUGCUGCGCCUUAUACCCAAUCUAUCUACCACGGCAGCCAGUAUCAAUGGCCGCGCACUACGGACCGCCUAGACAUUCUUAAGGAUCGCCAAACACCGGUUGCCAAUCAGCACCAGGCGUCGGAGAAAGCUGCAGACAUGUACUCCCUACAAAACCAAAAUAUGUCGCAGUACCAUCAACAACAACAGUCGAACUACUACUACCAGCACAAUGACGAGUAUAAAUACUUAGCGAAUAGAUAUCAUUACGAUAUGAUGAAGAAGGAAACAAUUCCUAAUAAUAGCCAACCUAAAGACCUUCCUGCCGUUAACCAUUAUCAAGAAUAUACAGUUAAAAGUGAGGCUCAAUGUCCGGAUGUCUCUAAAUAUCAACAGCAUGCUACGUAUUUCAGCGAAAAGGAUGUUCCUAAAAUAUCAAAAUUGUUAAAUGAUCAACCGUCAACAGUGCAUAAGCCAACUGCAAGAAAACAAAACGAGUCCAAAGCAAUGCCUGCACCCCUAUUGAAUGCUGUUCAAAACAGUGAUGGUCCCAGUUUCAACAGUCUGAUGAAUAUGGAUAGUCAGCAAUUGGCUCAACUGAAUUCAACAGACUUAACAGGAUUAUCAGGUCUUUUAGAACCUUAUUGUCUGCCAAAUGAAAAGACUGCUGCAGAAAAAUUGGCUGAGGAACAUGAAAGUAUGACGGACAGCUUCACUAAAAUGUCUACUAAUGAAAUUGAAGAUUUAACCGUUGCCAAUGUGAAUAAUUUUAACAAUAUGUGAUUAGGACAAAUUUCUUUCCAAAGAAAAUAUGACAUGCUCGUUUGUGAUGGCUAAUAUAACAAAUUUCGGGAUAUCACAAAGAAAGAGUUCAUAGUUAACAAAUACAUAUUUAGUG